AUGAGGGGCCGCCGCGGGCGCGGUCGUACACGGGACAAGGAGCGAGCUGAGGAGUCGCUGCCCGGCGAGCCCGACUCCCCACCGGCCGGCCCGCGCUCCCCGCAGCAGCCGCCGUCCGCCUCUGAGGCCGUCGAGACCGAGUGCCAGUUCGACCAUGUGCCUGCCUCUCCGGCGCCCGAGAACGCGCAGCCCGUCCAGGAGCAAGUGAAGGUGACGGGACCGGCGAGCAGACGGGCGGCAGCGUUCAGCAACCGCCUGCGCGCCGAGCAGGAGGCAGCAGCAGCCGCAGCGGCUGAGGCGGCUCAGCAGCAGGAGGCUGUCCAGCAGGAGGUGCCAGCAGCAGCGGCGGCGGCGGCGGUGGAGGAGGAGCACCCAGUUGAGCCCACCGAGGAAUCGAGCGGCCAGUUCAGUGCCGAUCUAUCGGACGAGGACGGUGAUAGAGAGUAUGACUCGGACGGCAGUGAGCGUGGCUGGAGGCGCUCGGACAUCUCACCAGAGGAUCUGUUGGAAGCCGAACUUCCGAACGGCUACCACGAGGAGCCGGACCGGCGCUUGGAUUCCCGGGACGGCCCCCCUCCUCCGCCUGAUCCGCCUCAGACGCGUCCACGUAGCGUGUCACCGAUCAGCGCCUUGCUUAAAGAGAUGACCGGCGAGGGUCAGCAGCCGCCCCCACAGCCACCUCCACCGCCACCGAUACCGGCGCCCCCAGCAGCCAUCUGUAACCCAGAGGCGGUGCUGGCCUUGGCCAGGAAUCUCUCCCAGCUGGGGGUGCAGCAGCCGGUGUCCGUGUACCCAGAGCAGUACGGCCCCGCACCCUCCGCCUAUGGUGCUCCUCCGCCACAGAGUUACGGUGUCGCGCCGCCUCAGUACGGUGCCACUCCUCAGUCAUACGUAACGGCUCCUCAACAGUACGGCACGGCUCCUCAACAGUACGGCACGGCUCCUCAGCAGUACGGCGCGACCCCCCAGUCGUACGUAACGGCUCCUCAGCAGUACGCCACGGCUACCCCAAUGUCGCAUAGCUCGUCGGUGCGUAUACCGCCAGCGACACAUGGCGCUCCCGUCAUGUCUGCCUACGCAGGUGCCUCCCCGUCGUACGGAGUGCCGUCAUACGGCUCUCAACCGCCGUACGGCACCCCGUCCCAGAGGCCGCCUGUAUCGUACGGCUCCCCGCCUCAGGGACCGCCUGUGUCGUACGGCUCCCCAUCUCAGGGGCCGCCAGUGUCGUACGGCUCCCCGCCUCAGGGACCGCCUGUGUCGUACGGAUCGCCGCCCCAGGGGGCGCCUGUGUCAUACAUCCAAGCGGAGACGCAUCAUCCGCCCUACGGCUCGCCACCGCAUGGCCAGUCUAUGACGUACGCGGCCUCCCAGUCCAAGCAGAUGUCGCUACAGGAGGUGCGCGGCGCCCCUCACAACUCGCCAGUGGCACACAGCGCUCCCCAAGGGCCUCCGGCGGCCCAGAGCGCUCCCCAGGGACCACUGGCGGCCUAUGGAGCGCCGCCACCGGACCCGCGGGGCAGUGUGGGUGCUCCUAUGGCGCCGGCGGCCGUGACCAGCCAGCCGCCGCCGCCACAGGGUCCGCCGGCAGUCCCUCAGGCAGCCGUGCGCGCUCCGCUGCCUCCUUCUCCGCAGAAGAGCACUGAGGUGCUCCGCCAGCAGCCGGCUCCCCCAGGCGGUCCCUCUCCGGCCGCCGAGGCCGAGCGGGGGACUGCGGAGCCGGGCACACCGAAGGCGGGUCUGUAUGUGCCGCCCGUUUCUCCGAACAGAAAAUAA